AUGUGCGCUAAUGAGGCUGCAGUGAUGGGCACUGAUAUGCUGCACUGAUGGACACUGAAAGGUGGCACUGAUGGGCACUGGGUGAACAGGGGCGGACUGACAACUCAUGGGGCCCCCGGGCAAUAGGUGAUAAUGGGGCCCCUGUGUCCUUGCCCAAACUCAAAAAAGCCUAUGAAAAAGGUACCAGGGCAUCUCAUGGGGCCCCCUACUGACCCUAGGCCCUCGGGCAGUGCCCAAGUUUCCAAAUGGUCAGUCCGCCCC